CGCGAGGAAACUAUCUUCUACAAAUAUUUUUAAUUAAUAUAUUUAUUAGGUAUUUGUUACUUUAUGAUCAUUUUAAUUAAUACGGAUACAUAAUGCCUGCAGCGGCUGUUUAUUCUAUUCUAAAUAAAAAGGAAAACGCUCACGAUGAACCUAUUUAUAGCUGCGUGUGGGCGAAAAUAAAUAUUACCGGAAAUCCAAGAGACAGCAAAAAAGAUUUCCUAAUCACGGGUGGUUUAGAUAGUAAAGUAAAAGUUUGGCAUUUUGAAAAAAACAAAUUGAACUUGCUACAUGCAUUGGAAGGUCAUUGCAUGGCGGUUGUAUCCCUUGCCAUCAGCCCUGAUGGACAGAAAUUGGCAUCAACAUCUUUAGAUUCAACCCUAAUAAUUUGGGAAGUACUGUCGGGUAGAAAAGUGCAUGAGAUAAAAACUGGUGCUACCGACGUGUGGAAGGUGGCAUUCUCUCCUGGAGGCUUCCAUGUAGUGACUGGUGGUCAUACAGGAAAGCUGUAUGUGUAUGAUAUAGUGGACAAUGUUGAAGAUAAAGUCCUGGAUACUAGAGGAAAGUUUGCAUUGAGUGUUGCAUGGAGUAACAGCGGCAAGUACAUAGCGAGCGGGUCUGUUGACGGCUAUGUGUGUGUGUUCAAUGUGGUACAGGGGAAGUUGGUGCACACUAUAGAGGCGCACACACACACAGUUAGAAGUGUGGACUUCUCGCCUGACUCUGAGUUGCUGGUGUCCGCCUCUGAUGACGGAUAUGUCAAGCUGUUUGAUGUUGGCAGCGGCAACCUCCUCCUCAAUUUGAACCUUAAGUCCUGGGUGUUAAAGGCGGUAAUAUCGUACGACUGUACGCGCGUCGCAGCUGCUGCAGCCGACGGCAGCGUAACCAUCGCAAAUCUGAAAGGCUUUAAGACUGCUCAUAUGUUUAACGAACAUAAGGAUAUGGUAUGGGAUCUACAAUUCAACUUUGAUAGCAAUAUGUUAGUAUCGGUGUCCAAAGACAAAAGUUUAAAUGUAUAUGAGUGUCCACUACCUAAAUAUGAUAAGAAAUAAACUUAUUUAUAACUCA